GGCCCACAUCCAGUGCCGCCGCUCCCAUAACGCGCAUUACGCGCUGUGCGUAGGGCACCAAGUGUCGAGGGGGCACCACCAAAAAUAGCCUAAUGAAAAAUCGUCAUAAUAAUUAUAAGGCCGAAAUUAUUUCAGUAGACUAUAGAAAUAUGAGGCACUUUUUAGGCAUACUACUCAAAGGUACCGAUGGUGCCCCCCUCUCCCCUCCCCCCCUCCCCUCCCCACUCACACAAACACAAACGAAAACACAAUCUGCACAAUCUGCGUCCCAAGCGCCCUGUGGGUGCCCUUGCUGUCAGUGGUCUUUUGGAUUACUCGACAUUUUUGGAAAUGAAAAGGCAACAGGAGUCAGGAGCAGAAAAAAGAAAAAAGAGGAAACAGCGAGAUGAUGCCCGUGCAUCACUUGCAGGGUCAAUGCUGAAAUACGUUCAAGCGGGAGCACGAGGCCAAGAAGAGGACACAGAUGAGGAAGAACCAUCGACAAGUUCACCCAAUCAACCCCAGCCAGCAAGCAGGUCUGUACACCCCGCAACAGUACUAAGCCCUGAUCAACCACCCUCAACCACCACAGAUACACAGCAGAUAACCACCACCUCUGAAAGUCCUGUCACUGAGAGUCCGUCAGAAGGUGACAAGGUAGAAACGGGUUUGCCCUCUCCAACUGAUCCUGCUCUCUGGCCAUUACGGAUUUUAGAUGCGGAUCGUGUUGAGAUCGUACGAAGAGGUCCAUUUAGAGUCCCAUCAGAUUUUAAUUUUCCAAAGGGACUAGAUGGCAGGGCGUUUCAUAGUAGCCUGCAUUUCAAAACGCUCUCAAAUGGAGAGAAAGUCAAGAGAAGUUGGCUUGUUUACUCGAAACAGAACAAUGCUGCAUUCUGUUUUGCGUGUAAGCUUUUCAGUUUGAAAGCUAUAAAGCUCACUGCAGAGGGCAACGGUGACUGGUCCAACAUUAACAAUAAUUUGAUAAGUCAUGAAUGUAGCUCAGACCAUGCCCAGUGCAUGUUUAAAUGGAGAGAACUGGACACACGUUUACAGACAAAUACGACAAUAGACUACCAGGAACAGACAUUGCUGGAGGCAGAAAAAAGAAGGUGGCGAGAUGUUCUCAAACGCUUACUGAAAAUAACCCUAUCUCUUGCCUCAAGGAAUUUGUCAUUUAGAGGCUCUUCACAGUGUCUGUAUGAACCAGACAAUGGCAACUUCUUAAAAGAAGUGGAACUUUUAGGCAGUUUUGAUCCUGUGAUGGAGAACCACCUGACCAAGAUAACCGAUUUCAGCAGAGUGCACGGAAUGUCCAAGGAGAACCUGCAAAAAAACUGCAUCGAAGUGCAGAAGACACUGACUGAGAAAGGAAAUUCGGAUAUUGAUGGACUUGAGAUGGUUCAGGAAAUCAUCAACCUUCCUCAACUGCCACCACAAACAACUGCCUUGGAGUUGCUCUCAUUUCUCCAUGAGAAUCGCCUUCAAGAGGUGUAUCCAAAUCUCUGGGUUGCUCUUCGAAUCGCAUUGACUCUCCCUGUUACAGUUGCCUCUGCUGAGCGAAGUUUUUCGAAACUGAAGCUCAUCAAAACUUACUUACGUUCAACAAUGGGGCAGGAACGUCUAAGUGGUCUUGCUGUCAUCAGCAUUAAUGGUGAAGUGGCUCAGAGGCUGUCCUAUGAUGACCUAAUUAAUGACUUUGCAGCGAGGAAAUGCAGACGUGUUCCAGUCUUUAUAGAGAAAUGCUUGAUUGUUAAAGAAUAGCAUUAUGCUCUCUCAAAAAGGAUGUCCUUGAUUUAUUUUGAUAACACUUUUUUUGCACUUUACUUGAAUGUGUUUUAGCUGUUCUACAAAGCCUUACUGUUUACAAAGUAAGUAAAGUUGUGACUUUUCGUCCUCUAAAUCUUUGUUUUAUUUAAGAUUUUAUUGAUUGUACUUAUUGAUGUUAUUUAGUGUAAUUUAUUCAAAGUUACUGAAGGAAAGUUUGCACUUUCAAAUGUCAAAAGUUUGUUGUUUUGCUGUGUGUUUGCUGCUGCUAUUGUUUUAUAUGUUUGGUAAUAAAAAAGUUAAACUUU